AGUCUUUUGAGGGGCGGAACUCUUCAGUCCCAGCGCUUGUUUCCGGGGAACAGCGAGAGACGCGUUCCUAUUGCUGGAAGAAGCCGGGAGAAAGAAGGGUAGUUCAUCAUGGCUUCAUUUCGGGUCGCUCAUGGACUUUGGCGGGGCUGCAGCAGGAGGUUUGUAUCAACAGAUCCGGUUUCUCGGCUAUCAACAGCUGAGAUUGCACAGAUGCGCAAUGAGCUCUUUGCGAAGGAAAAAGAAAGACAAUUGUCUCUUUGUCCACGAAUUGAGAAGAUUGAAGUAAAGUAUGUUGGCAAAUCUCACCCAGGCACUAUAUUUAUAAUGAACAAAGGACUCUCCACACCAUAUACUUGUGCCAUGCAUUUAAGUGAAUGGCACUGUAAGAAAUCUGUACUCGCCAUUGUAGAUGGAAAACUCUGGGAUAUGUACCGGCCUUUGACUCAGUCAUGUGAAAUACAGUUUCUCACUUUCAAAGAUGAAGAUCCAGAGGAAGUGAACAAAGCCUAUUGGCGAUCUUGUGCAAUGAUCCUGGGAUGUGUGCUGGAAUGGGCCUUCAAAGAUGAAUAUUUGGUAACUCUUGUUAGAGCACCAGAAGUGCCAGUGUUAUCUGGUGCUUUCUGCUAUGAUGUAAUUUUGGACAACAGACUGAAUGAUUGGAAGACAACAGAGGGAAAUCUUCGUUCUUUUACAAAAGAAGCUCACAAGCUAAUUCAUAAAGACCUGCCAUUUGAAAUUCUGGAUGUUGAUGUAAAAGUGGCACUUGAAAUAUUUCAGCAUAACCCGUUUAAACUGGAUAUGGUCAAACAAAAAGCUUCUCAAAAUUCUGAAGGAAUGGUACAAUUGCAUAGGUUUGGUAACUUUGUAGACAUUAGUGAAGGCCCUCAUAUUCCCAGAACAAGCUUUUGUGGCCAAUAUGAGGUAACAGCAGCUCAUAAUCUUGAAAGCAGCCAGUCUGAACUAAUACGACGAGUCCAAGGUCUCUCUCUUCCAGUUGAACUGAAGCUUCAUCAUGCUGUCUGGCACAGGUUGUUGGAGAGAUCUCAGAAAUUAGUCAGUGAAGUCCAAAGGGAAGAAGUGAAGGUUGAAAAUGAAUCAUCAAAAACUGAAUCUGUUUAAUGUUAAACAUUCUGUCUGGGGAAAGAUCGCAAUUAAAUUGACAAGUGUUUCAGCUACCAAUUUCAUUCUUUAAAUCAUUUUCCAAAGAUGAAUUUUAGUGAAUAGUUUCUUGAUUUUAAAGCAAAAACCAAACAGGUUAUUUGCUUGCUCCCAUUACAAAAAAAUCAAACCAGAAUAUAAAUCAACGAAAGUCCCAGCAAAAAUUUCAUUAGGUAGAAAGUUUGCUGUGCAUUUGAGUAUUUUCAAGCUUUUACUGCAUAAUGUGAGCAGGGCCCCUGCAUUAGAAAUCAGAGUUAAAAUCCUGGGAGAUUAUAUUUCUCCCUUACAGCGUAACACCUAAUACAAUUUGAAGCUGAUGUAUAAAACCAAAAAAAUGGAAGAUAAAGGACACUGCUAUAUGACACUUCAAGGGAGAUUGUGAGAGUGAAGUUCAGUAAUGAAUGGCAUGACCUGAUGUGACAACUUGACUAGACGUUCUGCUUCAAGCAGGAGUUGGGUUUCAGUUUUGUUCCUAGCUAAUUCCAUUAUUUCUUCAGUCUGAACCUAGCCAUAGUGGAGAUGUUUGAUUAAAAAUAUUAUGGUUCUUGUACCAUUUUAAAUAAUUCUGAUGGGCAAAAGUGAGUAUAAUAAGAAGACACUAAUCAAAGAAAUAGCAGCACUAGAACCCAGAUGAUCUUGUCAAGGACAGGAUGCAUUUUGAGCAAAUUCCCAUUUAGUCUCCAAUAGGUCUAAUCUUCACAGGUUAACAAGUUUUGAACCUCAGGCUCAUAUUCAUUUUGGAAGAGGGCAUUUGCUCUGAUAUUGGAGUAGUGGUUGGAUAAGUACCAGAUUCAGUCUUUGUAAAUAGAGUUCAAGAAGGGGAGAGACUGCUAGCCAGAGUUUUACGUUCCUCUCUAUAUCUUAUCUGUCCCAUAGUCUGUGAAUGGUUUGUCAAGUCCUUCAUGCAAUGAAGUGCUCACCCUUCUUUCUGCACUUCUGGCUAGAAUAUGAUUUAUUGUAUUUGCCUCUCUAAUUGUAGCAGAGUCUUCCAGUUAUGUACAAUGUACAGUAUGGGUAAUCGAAGAGCAGUCAUAUGGUGUGCAGUGGGGAGGUACAGUUGAUUGUGGUGAAGAUGACUUGUACCCCAAGUAGUUUGUUGAUUUUGAAUUUUAUUUUAUUUAUGAGAUUUUUAUACCACCCUUCCCUUUUAGUCGCAGGGCACUAGAUCACACUAAGAAAAAUGUACAGACAGAGGCUCUACAUGUGGAGACAGAGACUCACUAUAAAUAAAUUAGGGGCUGUUAAGCAUUAUGAGGGAAGGAUAAAUUAUAGCAAUAUCGCAAAGAAAAAUGUGAUCCACCAACCACAUUAUCUGAAAUGCCCUCUUUAUACCUGUGUAGAUGCUGUGAGGGCCUUUUUUUGCUGCUAGUAUUCAAAGCGUAGACAACUGUGGAAGGCAAUGCAAACCAUCCAUGAACAUAGUCUACCUGGUAAACGUUGUGAUGUGACAUCACCCCAUGGGUCAGUAAUGAGUCUAUCUUUACCUUAUAUUCAAAGUGAUGCUUGAAUUAAAGAUACUAACCUUCCAGAAAGUUUUUAACCAUGGGAAACAAUUAAUUUUAUUUUUUGCAAAACAACAACAACAAAGCAUUAGAAACUAUCUUGAAAGUGCUAGCAUUCAUACAUUUUCCUAAUUGGAAUCAGUGUGCAGUCUGAGGUUCAAAGUAAUCUGAAGAUAUGAAGUUUGCAUUAAUUAAAAGAAACUUCUCAUGCUCACAUUCAUUUGUUCCAUGAUAUUAUUUAUCUAUUUGAAAAAGCAUUUGAAUCAACAGAGAAGCAACAGUAAAUUGGCUGUGGUAUAUAAAGGUUGUGUUAAAGGAGCAAUGUGUUUGGCAGACUUAUCACUGUAUGUAUUUGAGAUUCUCUUCUGAUCCCAAUAUCAGGAUGCUUUAAAUCUUUGAGCUCUGCUGUUUUUGUGGCUGAAAGAAUUUGGUUUGGGAUUUAAUUAGGUUUGAAGAAAGUAUUUUUCUCUGAUCUUCAACUGCUCCCGUCUCCUGGGGAAAACUUGCUUUCAAAGCAGCUAGAGCUCUUUAAAGCUUCAGACAUCAUGGACAUCAGUGUGUGUGUGUAAGUGUAAGUAAAUGGAUUGGGACAUACAUUCCUGUCAGGGAGCUCCAGCUUUUAUUGACUGAUGUUUCAAGUUUGAUAGUUCCAAGCUCCAUUUGUGGUCUAGGUGAAGGCCCUAUUCUCCCCAUUUCCCUUAAUUUAAAUUUACUACCAUGUGAAGGAAGAAUUUCCUUUGGGUGUGACACUCCAAGCUGUAGUUUUGUUGUUUAUUUUAAGUGGUGUGUGGAAGUGUUAAGGUUGUUGGAUGAACCUGAUUUUUCUGUCGGACCAUCCCAUAAAGAACAGUAAAAGAAAACAAGUAACAACCAUCAAAACCUUGCCCAGUUUGCGUCAGGCACUGGUUACCAUAGAAAGCCUGCAUUUUUGUUAUGUUGUUAACCUUUUUGCUGUUGUUAUUGUCUUUCCUAAGUAACUAUUUACAAUUGGAGUUUCCCUUUAACAGUAGCCUUAUACUUACUCAACUAACCUAUGUAUUAAUUACUAUCUAUUAGUCAUACCUCAAGCUAAAAUUUCUCCUGUUUGCCAUCAACAUUCCAUGACCCUUGGAGGUCAGUGAAUGUGCUUAGUCUACAUUUGUGUGUGUGUUUUGUGUGUGUAGUAAUACUUUUUGGCGUGCCUGGACAGUUUUCAGCCCCUCUGAAAUGUAUAUGGGGGGCCACAUUUCACUGCUCUGCUCUGUGGAACAAAACCAUCCAAUUCAUGAUUGAAAACAGUGAUGCUCAAGAAGAUGUGGUUGAAGAUAGAAAUGCUGGUGGCACAAUGGCUGACAUCUUGAUUUUUCUUUGAUAAAGGUAUACAAACUCCCCCAAUACUUUGCUUUUUGUUGACUGUGCAAUGGAAAUAUGUGAGUCAUGCAAAUUAAAGAUGUUCAGUCACUUACUAGAAAAAGAGUCCACACAUUACCUGAUUAGCAUACAGAGAAAUAGUUUCAAGUAUUCUUGUCCUCAGAGAGUUCUUGAUGAAAGUUUUGUUUACAGCAGAUUUAAACCAAUAUACUUCAGCAAACAAAUGUGUCCUAGAAGUGGCUCUUCUUUCAGCAACUGUUUACUAGCAUCGUGGUAUGGCAUUCAUGUUUCUGCUUUCCUUUCACAUGUAGAAUUUCAACUGAGAAUAGGCAUCAUACAUUGUUAAUGCUAAUAUGUAGGAGUCAGUCAAAGAUAAAACCCCUAUCACGAUUAGCAUUAACUACAUAUGGCCUGCAGAUUAGAUCUCAACUGAAAGUAAGAGACUCAGCACUGAAGCUCUUCAGCUUGAUUCAUCUGCGAUGCAAAGAGAAUAAUGAGAGUGAAGACAUUAUAGAAAAUGCAUCCUGGCAGUAAAAUUUUCAUAAACUUGUAAUGUGUGUAAAUAAAAAUGCAUUUUCUAAGAUAAAAUUUAUAUACUCAGUUUCAUAAAGUUUGAUUGUUGUAUUUUAUUAAAACAUUAAACCAUGCUUCCCCAUGGCUCAGCAUAGCUUACAAUAAAGUAAAUACAUUAUCAAACAGUAGACCCCCAACUCUUUAAUAAAUACUGAUUGAAGAAA